CUGAAGGUCUCUUGCAACUCCUCCCUUUCUCUCUUUGACUCCCUCUUCUGCGCUUUGUCCCGGUGGAAGCGUUUCAUAGGUCUUUGGGAAAAAAACCUAACCCUAGAGAAGUUUGAAGGUACGCUAAUGGCGGCGGAUGUGAGCUCUUUGGCGCGGAUGCCGAGCGGGUACAACAAGGAGGAGGGGGAGGGGAAGAGGGAUUUGGUCACCAGGGACCUCCUCGGCGGCGGCGCGGUGCUGGGGUCCGCGGGGGAGGUGGAUCUCGAGCGCCAGGUGCCGGCCGGCUGGGAGCGGCGACUUGAUCUAUUGUCCGGUAAAGCGUACCUCCAGAAGCGCGAGUCCAAUCCGUCGUCCCGCCAAGUCCAAGACCUCAACCUUCCCCCACCGCCCGCCUCCGCCGCCGUCGGCGUCGGCCUCUCGGAAGAUUUCACAGCGCUCGACCUCAAGCUGGCAGCGGUCCCGCCCCCACCCGCCGCCGCCGCCGCCUCCUCCUCCGCCUCCUUCGAUUACCUUAGCGUGUGUACCCUGGAGAAGGUCAAGUCCGCUUUGGAGCGCGCCGAGCGCGAGUCCCGCAUCCGCCUCCCCCUCCGCGGCCAAUUCGACGGCUCCCCUUCUCCCUCCUCCUCCUCCACCACCUCCUCCUCCAUCAAACGGCGCGCCGCGGUCGAUCAGGACGAGGACGGCGCCACCGACGUCUCCAAUUCCUCCGGCGGGAUGAUCGCCGCCGGUUGCCCCGGGUGCCUCCUCUACGUCCUCAUCGCCAAGGUUGACCCCAGGUGCCCCCGGUGUGACUCGCACGUGCCGCUCCCUGCCCUCAAAAAGAAGCCUAAAAUUGACCUCAACUCGGCACACACCGACUGGAAUUAGCUUUAGCUUGAUGAUGAUGAUGAUGAUGAUGAUGAUAUAUAAAGGAGAAACAAAAUUGCUAAAUUUUGAGUAGGUGGACACAUGGAAAAAAGAGAGAGAGAGAGAGAGAGAGAGAUGGAAGCUGAUGUUUUUCCUUUUCUGUACAAAAAAAAAAAAAAACUCUUUUGGAGCUAAAGAUGAAAGGAUUUAUUUUAUUGUCUUUUUUUCCUUUUGGGGGCUGGCAGGGAAUCUCUGUAAUCUUCGAUUUAUAGUUCAUAAAUUUAUAAAUUUAUUUUUUAUUGUUAUUUA